AUGAGCGGACAGAAGAAGAGGAAUUUUCAGAUUGAAGCGUUUAAACACAAAGUGGUGGUUGAUCCCAAGUAUGCGGACAAGACUUGGAAGAUUCUGGACCAUGCGAUUCAUGAGAUUUAUAAUCACAAUGCUAGCGGUCUCAGCUUUGAAGAAUUAUACAGAAAUGCCUACAAUAUGGUACUGCACAAAUUUGGGGAGAAGCUCUACUCAGGACUCGUCUCGACCAUGACCCUCCACCUCCAGACAAUGUCCAAAUCCAUAGAAUCUGCACAGGGCCCACUCUUCCUCGACGAGCUCAACUCGAAAUGGAACGACCACAACAAAGCUCUCCAGAUGAUUCGCGACAUCCUCAUGUACAUGGACCGAACCUUCAUUCCCAGCACCCGCAAAACACCCGUCCACGAACUCGGGCUUAACCUCUGGAGGGACAACGUCGUCCACUCCCCCAAAAUCCAGCCUCGACUCCUCGACACAAUCCUCGACCUCAUACACCGCGAGCGCUCGGGCGAGGUCAUCAACCGAGGCCUCAUGCGUAACAUCGUGAAGAUGCUAAUGGACUUGGGGCCCACAGUCUACCAAGAAGAUUUCGAGAGGCCAUUCCUCGACAUAUCGGCCGACUUCUACCGAGCCGAAUCCCAGGAGUUCAUCGAGUGCAGCGACUGCGGAGAAUAUCUCAAGAAAGCCGAGAGGCGCCUCAACGAAGAAAUCGACCGCGUUUUCCACUACUUGGACUCGAGGAGCGAGACCAAAAUAACGAACGUGGUCGAGAAAGAAAUGAUCGCCAACCACAUGCUCCGGCUCGUCCACAUGGAAAACUCGGGCCUCGUGAAGAUGCUCCUCGACGACAAAAUCGAUGACUUGGCCCGAAUGUACAGUUUAUUCCGCCGUGUCCCCGACGGCCUCUCCGCCAUCCGCGACGUGAUGACGUCACACAUUCGAGAAACGGGCAAACAGCUCGUGAACGACCCCGAGAAGUCGAAGAACCCCGUGGAUUUCGUCGAGACCCUCUUAAAGAAACGGGACAAGUACGACCGCGUCAUAAACGACGCGUUCGGCAACGACAAGACGUUCCAGAACGCCCUCAGCUCGUCGUUCGAGUAUUUCAUCAACUUGAACCCGCGCUCGCCCGAGUACGUUUCGCUGUUCGUGGACGACAAGCUGCGAAAGGGGCUCAAGGGAGUGAAGGAGGAGGACAUCGAGGUCGUCCUCGACAAGGUCAUGAUCCUUUUCAGGUAUUUGCAGGAGAAGGACGUUUUCGAGAAGUACUACAAGCAGCAUUUGGCCAAGCGGCUGCUCUCGGGCAAAACGGUGUCGGACGAUGCCGAGAGGAGCUUGAUAGUGAAGCUGAAGACCGAGUGCGGGUACCAGUUCACGUCCAAGCUUGAAGGGAUGUUCACGGACAUGAAGACUUCACAGGACACGAUGCAGGACUUUUAUGGGUCCCAGGGUGCUGAGCUGGCGAGCUACCCGACUUUGGUUGUUCAGGUGCUGACUACUGGAUCGUGGCCGACUCAGACGAGCCAGACGUGCAACUUGCCGUCUGAGCUGUCGGCUUUAUGCGAGAGGUUCAGAUCUUACUAUCUGGGAACUCACACGGGACGGAGGCUGACGUGGCAGACGAACAUGGGGACGGCCGAUCUUCGGGCAAGUUUUGGGAAUGGGCAGAAGUAUGAGUUGAAUGUGUCGACUUACCAGAUGUGUGUGUUGAUGCUUUUUAACAAUACUGACCGGUUUACGUACAGAGAGAUUGAGCAGGCCACUGAGAUACCUUCAUCUGACCUGAAACGGUGUUUGCAGUCGUUGGCGUGUGUGAAAGGCAAAAACGUGCUGCGCAAGGAGCCCAUGAGCAAGGAUAUAGGAGAGGAGGACGCGUUUUCUGUGAAUGAUAAUUUUACGAGCAAGCUUCGGAAGGUGAAGAUUGGGACUGUGGUGGCACAGAAGGAGUCGGAGCCUGAGAAGCAGGAGACGAGGCAGAGGGUGGAAGAGGAUAGGAAGCCGCAGAUUGAGGCUGCCAUUGUUAGGAUUAUGAAGUCGAGGAGGGUUUUGGAUCAUAAUAAUAUUAUUGCGGAGGUCACUAAGCAGUUGCAGUCGAGGUUCUUGGCUAAUCCUGGGGAGAUCAAGAAACGGAUCGAGUCGCUUAUCGAGCGGGAGUUCUUGGAGAGGGAUAAUGGGGAUAGAAGGUUGUACCGUUAUCUCGCAUGA